AAAGUAGAGGAAGUGGAGGAGGUGCAAAAUAUUGAUCAAGACAAUAAUGUUGAUGCACCUGUGCAACAACCCUAUAGCAUUGCAACAGGCAGAGAGAAGAGAGUGAUCAAUCCACCACAAAGGUUUGCAAACGUAGCUGAUGGUAAUUUUCUUGGAUAUGCUAAUUUUGUGGAGUUCGCUCUGUCUGUUGCAGAGACCAUUGAUGUGUUUGAGCCUAAUAGCUAUAUUCCUUGUCAAAUUGGGAAACCUUUCUCAUAUAUGUUUGUGAUCUUUUGGGAUCUAUAUAUAGGGGUUGUAGUUGAGAAUUCUAUAGAUUGUAUUGUGCUUCUUUUCUCAUUCAUAGUGGAAAACUCUCUCUGCUUUUGCCCGGAGGAUUAAGGCUUGGCCGAACCUCGUUAAAUCCUUGUGUUGAUUUUUCUUCUCUAUUUGCUUUGUGUGUGAUUGUGCGCUAGUUAACCCACGAUAUUCCGCAACAGCUAUCUAUCUUUAUACAACAAAGGUUUGACCUUUUCCUAUGUAAAACUCUUUUUGCAGGUUCAGCUUUUCAACUCUCUUUAAUGCCCACAGAGAAAACACUGUUAGCACCCUUGGCCGCAUUGUCCUCCUUAUAUGGCUAUUUGUGGUAUUGAUAAUUAACUCGAGCUACACUGCCAGCCUCACCUCAAUUCUUACAGUGCAGAAGCUUUCUUCACCAAUUACAGGAAUUGAAAGUUUAGUAAAUACAAAGGACCCCAUUGGUUAUCAAUUAGGUUCAUUUGCCCGUAACUAUCUGAUUGAAGAACUUGGCAUUCAUGAAUCUAGACUUGUUCCUCUUAACCUGCCCGAAGAUUAUGCUAAAGCUUUAAAAGAUGGUCCUAGUCACGGUGGUGUUGCUGCUAUAGUAGAUGAGCGUGCCUAUAUGGAGCUUUUCCUCUCAACGCGUUGCCAAUUCAGUAUUCUAGGUCAAGAGUUCACAAAAAAUGGAUGGGGGUUCGCUUUCCCUAGGGACUCUCCUCUAGCGGUUGACAUGUCAACUGCAAUUCUGAAACUAUCAGAGAAUGGGGAACUUCAAAGGAUCCAUGAUAAAUGGCUUUCUGGAAUUGCUUGUACUUCACAGAAUACAAAGCUUGAAGUGGACAGGCUUCAACUGAAAAGCUUCUCAGGUUUAUUCUUCCUAUGUGGAUUAGCAUGUUUUCUGGCACUGCUCAUAUAUUUUGUGAUGAUAACAUGCCAAUAUUGCCACUAUUAUCCCGAGUCUGAGUCCUCUGGGGGAAGCUCGCGAUCAGGACGACUCCAGACAUUCCUUUCUUUUGCUGACGAAAAGGAAGAGUCAGUGAGGUCUAGGUCCAAACGAAGGCAACUGGACGCGACUUCAGUUAGAAGUGUUGAUCAAGAUGCAUCAGUAAAUGGUUCAAGGAUUGACCGUUCUGAGAUAUACUCAAACAGGGUUGUAAGUUUUAGAGAAUCUGCGUAGUUCCUAACAAUGUGUACUAGUCUUCCCAAAAUGUAAUUAUAUAGGUCGAAUGAAUCUUUAUUUGCAAGGCGCUGCUAUCAUAUUUUACCAAGUGUCCGUUGUCAUUGGAAAAAUAGCCAUGCAACCUCAGAAUCCUGCUGAUCCUUGUGUGUAUACAUCUGUCCUUGCCUAAAAAGGCUUUUAGCUCAA